CAUUGCUGAUGACAUUUUCCCUAAUAUCAGUUACUUAUGGGGCUAUUCACUGCAAUAUACUGGCCAUCCAGAUCAAGUACGACAAUACUAACAUAAGGCUACAGCCAAUAGAAUUCAUCUGCAUCAUGAUAUGGCGUUGCUUGGAGAUUACCUCACGUGUAGUGACUCUGGUACUGUUUACUACAUCUCUGAAACUGAAGAGUAUGCCCUUUUUAUUAACCAUAUUUUCCGUAUCAUUGCUGGCACCAUGGCUGGAAUUUUGGAGAAGUGGAGCUCACCUUCCCAGCAAUACUAAAAAGAACUUGCAUCCAGUGAGUACAGUAUUCAUGCUUAUCAUGAUCACUCUACUAUAUGCUGCCAUCAACUUCUCCUGCUGGUCGGCAGUGAAACUGCAAUUGUCAAGUGAGGAAAUAAUUGAUAAGAGACAGAAGUGGCAUCAUAGAAUCCUACACUACAGCGUUCCGUUUUUAGAAAAUGUGGUAAUGACAUCGGUAUUUAGAUUUUUUGGUGGGAAGUCUUUAUUGAACUGCUGUGACUCAUUAAUUGCCACACAGCUCAUCAUAACCUACCUGUUAUCCAUUGGUUUUAUGUUCCUCUUCUAUCAGUAUCUGCAUCCAGGGUGGUCAGACAAAGCAUUACCAGAACAUGCUGAAAAUCGGCCUGAAGCAAUGUGAUUU